AGAAGGCCAUCCCUGAGAGGAGCUUGAUCAAAUGAGAUUCACCCCCUCACCAUUGGAGCUGGAUUAUUUCUUCAUGAAAAUCAUAUUUUUUACAGAAUGAAGCAAGAAGGACAAACUACUUGAGCAUUUUCUGAAGGCACUAUUGUAAUGCUUUGACAAAGGUUGCAUGAUGGGAGGCAGAUGGAGGAAAGCGGGAGAUGUCACUCAUCUAACACCAAGUGGGUCUCCACAGAAGCCAGAGAACAGUUAUAUAAGACAAGGUGUCAUGUUCUUCUUACAGCUUGAAAUCGUCCCCUAACAUGCAGACCUUCUACCAGCCCCGCCACAUCAUCCGUCACCCCCCAGCUCUCUACCUCGACCCCACACUGAUGCAGCGGCGUGUCCUGGAAGAUCAAGUGGAGCUGUGGUGGUUCAGAGAGCCCCGUCGAUCCUUACUGUGCUACCUUGCCUCUGUGGCCCUUAUAAUGGGGCUGGGGCUGGGUGGCGUUGGCCUCCUCUCCACCACCACCAGCCUGUCCGGGGAAUGGCGCCUCUGGGUGGGCACUACCCUCUGCCUCCUGGCUCUGGCUGUUCUUCUCAAGCUUCUUCUCAGUUCUGCCAUCCAGGACAUGAACUGUGUGCACAGCUGGCGUCGGAUCGACCAGCUGAAGAGCGGGGGGAGGGCCGACCCCGCGCUGAUGUUGGCCGUGGGGCUGGCAGUGAUGAUUUGUGGGACGGUGCUUCUCUGCAUGGCAACAAUUGGCAGCCAAAGUCACGACAGCAAGGAAAUGUUUGUGUCCAGUCUGGUGUUGAUGGCUGCCGGGGCGGGCAUGGCUCUAGCUGUGGUCGCCUACAACGUGGUGUUAUACGUUGAAAGAAGAAGGGAGCAGAGGAGGAGGAUGAUGAUGAGGAUGAACAGAGCGAGGGCGCUGGGGAGUCGGACUGUCAGGGUGUUCAGCGUCUCAGGAGGCCCGGCCAGGAGAGAGAUUUCCUCCAGCAGGACCAGCCUUAUCUGAAGGACUAAUGGGCAAAAUCACAAAAAAACAAAACUGAUUUAGUUCCUUUGAAAGGACUGAUCAGAAUACAUUUGUCCAGCGGGCUUUCAAACAACUAAAUAAAGAAAUACAUUAAGGAUUAUUUGGUUCUAUAGCUCUAGAGAUCAAUUCAGUCAUUUUCCAUAUGCAUACAAUAUUGUAAUUUUGAUCAUUAAAAGUAUACCUCCAAAUAAGCUGCAGCACUGCAUGCUUUAAAGAAUGGCUACAUUUUGAGGAAAACGUUUGAAACAUGAUUACAUGAGUACUUACGGUUGAAAAUAAAGAGUCAGUAA